CUGCCAAAGAGAGGCAAAAUGGAGCGCCGGGAGAUCACUCUGGAGGCUGACAGACUCCACCAAAACCGCCUGUCGAGCGUCACUGAGGACGAGGAAGAGCAGGACGCGGCAUACACCAUCGUGACGGUCCUGGACAAAGUGGCCAACAUCGUGGACAGCGUGCAGGCGAGCCAGAAGAGAAUAGAAGAGAGGCACAGAGAGAUGGAAAAUGCCAUCAAGACCAUACAGAUUGAUAUCUUAAAGCUUGCCCAGGCUCACGGCAACACUGGCUACACAGUAAACAAGCUGCUGGAGAAAACCCACAAGGUCAGCUCCACCAUGAAGGAAGUGCGUGCGCGGGUGGAAAGGCAGAGCGCCAAUGUACGGAAGGUGCAGACAAAGCAAGAGGAGAUGCUGAGGAAAAACAAAUUCCGGGUUGUGAUCUAUCAGGAGGAAACCGAGUGCCCUUCAUCUCUCUCUGUUAUCAAAGAGCAUACAGCUGGUGAAACUUUCGAGGAUGACUUCCUCCCACCUGAUGAUCUGUCUUCUGAUGAAGAAUACUAUAUUGAAGAGAGCAAAGCAGCUCAGUUCAAGAAAUCAGGGAUGAGGCGCAUAGAUGAUAUCAAAAAGGCAUUUUCAAGAGAAAAUAUCCAAAAGACGAGGCAAAAUUUUGGCAAGAAGGUAAAUAGGCUUCGAACUAGAAUCGUGACCCCUGAAAGGAGGGAGAGGAUCAGGCAGUCAGGAGAGAGACUGAAACAAUCUGGGAUACGGAUCAAGAAAACCAUCUCACAGGCAGCCCCGACAAAGGAGACGUUCAAGAUCCACAAAAAAAACAAAGAGCGAACGGUAGCUGAGGGCCAGGAGGGGAGUCAGGAGGCUGGUGUGCACAUAGCCACCGAGCUCACGGCCGCUGAGCCCUUCACUGAGGAGAUCUCCUAUACAGAAGUGAUCACGAAGGUAAAGAAAGACAAGAACAGCACACCAAGAGGUGCUGCCCAGACAGCUGAAAGAGGAGUGAUGACGAUCCCAGAAGUGGUGCUUAAGCAGGAAGGAAAAGAAGGAGGGGGUGGAGGUGAUGAUGUCCCCUUGCUAGACUUGAAGCAAUCAUUGUAAGGAAUUGAUGAACAAACACCCCAUACUGUCCUCAGGCACAAGAGAGAACACAGGCUGUAUGCCCUCAGUUUUAGAAAAAUGUGUGAAUUUUUGUUCUAUCACAAAACGUGUAUUGAUGUUGUUCUAUCAUCUACGUGGGUAUCUGUAGUGUUGUUGUCCUGACAGGAGCAAAGCCACACCAGCUGAACAUAGGGACUGCCCCCAGAGAGUGCCAGCAGCCAGCAUUAGCCCAUAUGGAACCCAUGCGAUGUGGCAAAGGGAGAUGGAAAUCUGCUCUGUUUUCAAGACUGAAUUAGCAUUCAUUUAAACAGCCUAAUUACUCUCUUCAGUUUUGUGUACAACAUUAUAAAAAUGUCUUCCAUAAUCUCAUACCAAUUCUUUGCCUCAGAAAAUGAUAAUGAAGCUAUUACAUCAUAUUAGCAGAAGGAAGAGCUAUGAAAAAUGUCCAUUCAGCAGUAUAAAUCUUUUCAUUUUAGGGCCCUCACUGCAACAGCAGGAGGAAGUUCCUGCCUUAUUCGGGGUGGGACAAAACAUAGAAAGAAUAAUAGUUUUUUUGCAUUUCUUCUCAGUGGAAAAGAUAAGAUUCUGAAGUGCUUAAAGAUUAUUUCUAGCGUUCUGGAAG